AUGUCGCCUGCAAAGGUGACUACCAACGGACACGGCGCCCGAAGCCGUGCCGAGCCAGUCAAGGUCUUUCGGCUCGUCUUAGAGCAGGAUGGCAGCCCCAACGAGCAGAGAUCCUAUAUCAGACUACCGGCACCCGUCCAGCCCUACGUGCUUCGUUUCUCCAUCGAGGCUGGCUCUGAUGCUUCAAGAGAGGCUUUCCUCUGGACCAAUUACUCCAACAAGCGCGAUGCUUUCGAACGCACUUCUUUCGAAAAGACGCCUUUCUCCUCUUCCGCAUCCUCAUCCAAUCAAGUCGAUCUUCUCAUCAAAUCCGCUGGUGUUUUCGAGUUCUAUGUCGAGUACACCACCGACGGAAAGGAUCAGGAGAUCGGCGACCUCUUCGAAAGAAAGGAGCAGGCGCCAGCUCGCAAGAAGGCCAAGAGCGGCUACUUUAAUGUCGAUCCCAUCCUCCAGGCUGCCGUACGUAAGCCCAUUCUCAGCGAUACAGGCAAGGUACUUUCGUCUAAGGAGGGUGGGGGAGCUGUCAGCACAAAGAGCGACUUCCUUGCGCUCGACGCUAUCGUCCUGCAAACUCUCAUCGCUAAGUGGGCCGGUCCCCUGUCAGAAUGGGCAGUCCACCUCGACUCGGCCCGAGACGCUGGCUACAACAUGAUUCACUUCCCUCCACUCAAUGUGCGAGGUGCUAGUAACAGUCCUUACUCCAUCAGCGAUCAGCAUGACUUUUCCUACGACCUCUUCCCCAAGCAAAGCCGAGGCGCAAAGCAGAAAGCAGACCGCGUCAAGCAGCUCAAAACCGUGCUCCAGGACAUGAAGACAAAACACGGCAUUCUCAGCAUGAGCGACGUCGUUUGGAACCACACAGCUCACAACAGUGAAUGGCUUAACGAGCACCCUGACGCCGCCUACAGUCCCGCCAACUCGCCCCAUCUCCAACCCGCUGACGAACUCGAAAAAGCCCUCUUCGAGCUGAACGGCCGUUUGCAAGAACUCGGCAUCCCUGACGAGCUCAAGUCGGACGCAGAUGUCGCAAAGCUCAUCGGUGCAGUCAAGCAACACGUCCUUGAUCCCCUCAAGCUCUGGCAGUUCUACGUCGUCGAUGUCGAGGCGGCCAAGGAGACUUUCCGUUCCGCUGCAUCAUCGAACAAGGCUCAGUCUGGCUCCAAUGCAGCGGCUCAGAUCAACGACGCAACUCUGAAAGAAGCUGCCGCCAAGAUUCGCUCGUCGGCGCUCAAGAACGAAAUGACUCUCUCGGGUCGCUUUGCGACCACCAUCGAUGCCAACGAGGCUGUCAAGAUUGUGCAGUCCGAGUAUGGCUUCAGCGAUGCCAAUGCAUCCGCCGAUUUCUUCGCCAAGGUUGCAGACGAGGUGAAUGCUUCCUUCUACGCAACCUACGACGACGAUGUCAAGGCUAUUCUUAGCAACCUCGAAGGUCGUGUCAAGUUCACCAGAAUCGACUCCAACGGCCCCAAGCUCGGAAAGAUCUCUGCAAAAAGCCCCUUCUUUGAACCCUAUUUCACCCGUUUGGAUCCAAAACAUCCAAAGGCCGCCGGCCGUGAUCCUAAGGAGCUCUCUUUGGCCAACAAUGGCUGGAUCUGGGCAGCCAAUCCACUUGAAGACUUUGCUUCCAACAAGUCGCGCGUCUAUCUUAGACGAGAGCUCAUCGUGUGGGGAGAUUGCGUCAAGCUCAGGUACGGUUCCGGCCCACAAGAUUCGCCCUACCUCUGGAAGCACAUGGAAGAGUACACCAAGCUCCUCGCCGCCAACUUUGACGCCGUUCGAAUUGACAACUGCCACUCGACGCCGAUUCAUGUUGGAGAGCAUUUCCUCGACAUUGCCCGCAGAGUCAACCCCAAUCUCUAUGUCUGCGCCGAACUGUUUACUGGAAGCGCAGAGAUGGACGUGUAUUUCGUCAGUCGUCUGGGUCUCAACUCGCUUAUCCGCGAGAUGGAAAACGGUCACGAUCCCAAGGAGGAGAGCCGAUUGCUCUACCGAUUCGGUGUCAACAAGCCCAUCGGUUCCAUGGACGGUGCCUGUCUGACCACCGCUGCCAAGAUUACAUUACCCGAGGCCAAUCUGAAGGAUGCCGACUGCCUUGUCGAGCAGCUGAGCGGUUCCAGCCCUCACGCGCUUUUCAUGGAUGUUACACACGACAACGAGACUCCAACGAUGAAGCGCACUACCGAAGAUGCCAUCACCAUGGGUGCCCUCGUCGCCUUCUCUUGGUCGGCUAUCGGCAGUACAAAGGGCUUUGACAAUCUCUAUCCCAAGACGCUCGACGUAGUGCAGGAAAGUCGACUCUACCGCCCCGUACGCAACCCAGAGGAGAGCGGAAUCGGUGCCAUCAAGCGUGUUGUUAACCAUCUGCACGUCGAGAUGGUACGCAACGGGUAUUCUGAGGGACACGUUCACCAGGAGAACGACUACCUCAUCAUGCAUCGUGUCCACCCGCAGACUCACCGUGGAUACGUCUGUCUCGCACACACAGCUUUCCACAAGGGUUCCAAGGACCGUAGACAGGCAGGUCCUUUCAAGCUUGACCGAACUCGCGUCAACUACAUUCUCGGCAAGUCGCUCGAGGUCGUCAGCACCGAUGCUCCUCAGGACUCGAAAUACCUCGGUGGCUUGCCAUCGAAGCUCAUCGACCUUGCUGAGCCACAGGUCCGGACCACCGAGGAAGAUGGUCGCCUGCGAUUCUCCGAGAUUGUAGUCCCCGACUUCUUCCCUCCCGGCAGUGUGAUGCUUUUUGCUACAGAGAUGGAGAACAUCGACCGCGACAUCGAUUCGAGGUGCCUGUCUGGUGCCGACGAGGCGAUGGCCAAGCUUGAUCUCGUCGACCUCAACGCCGUUCUUUACCGCGCUGACGGAGAGGAGAAGGACGUCACCGAAGGCAAUGACGGUGUCUACACCAUACCCAACGGUCCUUCCUUUGUCUACUGCGGCCUGGAAGGCUGGAUGGCUGUCUUGCGUCCCAUCAUCGAGUCCAACGACCUUGGCCACCCUCUUUGCGCUCACCUGCGUGACGGCACCUGGGCUUUCGACUACGUGCAUCAGAGAUUGGUAAAGCAGACCAAUGUCUUGCAUCGCUUGGCGGAGCCGGCCAAAUGGCUCGCUGAGCGCUUCGAUCUGAUCAAGAACACUUCGCCCGAUUUCAUGCGUCCCAAGUACUUUGCCCUUGUCAUCAAGGCCGCGUAUGAUGCUGCUGUUCGCAAGGCACUCUCCCGCAUGUCCCCUAUUAUCAAGGAGGGACAUGACUUCAUCAAGGCCUUGGCUCUCUGCUCCGUUCAGAUGAACGGCGUGGUCAAGUCAGCCUCGCUCUGGCCCGACAAGCAAGUUGCUUCCAUGGCUGCUGGUUUACCUUUCUUCGCGGCUUCGUGGGCCAGACUGUGGGGUCGAGACGUCUUCAUUUCCUUGCGUGGUCUUUACCUUGUCACUGGAAUGUUUGAGCAUGCACGAGAGCACAUCUUGGCCUUCGGCUCGACUCUCAAGCAUGGCAUGAUCCCCAACUUGCUCGACUCUGGCAAGACGCCACGAUACAAUUGCCGAGACGGUCCCUGGUUCUUUGCACAGAACGUGCAAGACUACACCAAGAUGGUGCCCAACGGUGAAGCGAUCCUCGGCGAGAAGGUAGCCCGACGCUUCCCGCUCAACGACGAAUGGGUUCCUUGGGAUGAUCCCAAGGCAUUCGCACACAAGAGCACUGUCGGCGAGCUGAUUCAGGAGAUCCUUCAGCGCCAUGCAUCUGGCAUUCACUUCCGAGAGUACAACGCCGGCCCUGCCAUUGAUCAGGAUAUGCACCCAGAGGGUUUCAACAUUGACGUCGACGUCGACUGGGAGACCGGCAUCAUCUUUGGCGGCAACGAGCACAACUGCGGUACAUGGCAGGACAAGAACGGCUCAUCCGCCAAGGCUGGCAACAAGGGUGUGCCUGGCUCGCCACGAAAUGGAGCUGCGAUCGAGAUCACUGCGCUACUCAAGAGCACCUUGAGCUGGAUCGUCGGACUCGAGAAGAAGGGCAUCUGGAAAGAGGGCAAGGGUGUCGAGGCUGAUGUCAAGGGCAAGAAGACGCUUGUCACCUACCAGCAAUGGGCUGACCUUGUUCAAAAGUCGUUCGAGCGUGCUUACUACGUUCCCUUGGAUGCCAGCGAGGAUGGCUUUUACGAUGUCGACCCAAAGCUCGUCAACCGCCGUGGAAUCUACAAGGACGUCUAUGGCUCUUCUAAGGGACGUGAGUGGGCCGACUACCAGUUCCGAUCCAACUUCCCCAUCGCCAUGUGUGUUGCACCUGAGCUCUUCAAGCCCGAGCAUGCAUGCAAUGCCUUGAACAAGGCCAAGGAAGUUCUCGUUGGACCUCUUGGAAUGAAGACCUUGGAUCCUUCGGACUGGAACUACCGCCCCAACUACGAGCAGCGUGAAACGGACGACCCUUGGACAUCGUGUGGAUGGAACUACCAUAACGGACCCGAAUGGGUCUGGCUGCGCGGCUACUAUCUGCGAGCUGUGGCCAUCUUUGGUGCUAAGGCAGGCGUCGACCGCUCAGUUCUCAACCACCGCAUCAAUACGAUGAUGUUGGGACACCGUCGACACAUUCGCGCUUCGCCCUGGGCUGGUCUUCCUGAGCUCACCAACGCUGAUGGUGCUCACUGCCCUGAUUCAUGCGCUACCCAAGCCUGGAGUGCAGCAGCGCUUCUCGAUGCACUUGUGGAGAUGGCCAAAUGA